UGGAAACUCUGCUCUGAAAACUGAGACAGAGAUGUUUGAGAAAUAUUACAAUAAACUGGAAUUCAGGGAUCAGCGACCUCUACGAAUAUCAGAAAUGAAGACGGCGGGAACAGAAUUUGCACAGUUGCGAAUCAGGCAUAGAUCCAAAUCCCGCGUAGGUGAGGACCAUAUGAAAAGCCUCAGUGUCGACCAGAAGUGCGAGCUUGUACAGAAGGAACUGGAAGACACGAAGGAUGAAAUCAGGCACCUCAGGGCAAAUGCCGAACGGGACCUGCAGUAUCAUGAGGCUAUCAUUGAAGAAGCUGAUAUUCGAUGUACUGAAGUUGAGAGAGCAAGGCAUGAGUUUGAAAAAGACAUCCUAAAAACCAUAUCCAAGAAGAAAGGGAGCAUUUUGGCCACCAGGAAAGUGAUGGAGUACAUUGAUGACAUGAACCGCCGGAGGGAAAAUAUAAAGGAUAAAUUACGUUUGAAAAAUGUUUCUCUCAAAGUCCAGAGGAAAAAGAUGCUUUUACAAUUGAGGCAGAAAGAAGAGGUAAGCGAAGCCCUCCACGAUGUUGAUUUUCAGCAGCUGAAGAUCGAGAAUGCUCAGUUUUUAGAGGCAAUUGAAGCAAGGAAUCAAGAAUUGAUCCAGCUAAAGCUGGCAUCUGGAACCACCCGGCAAGUCCUCCAUGCAUACAAAACCAGGCUGCAACGAGCAAUGGAAACAUCCAUCAACCUGGAAAAGGAGAUCUUGCUGAGAAAUGAGUUACUUGAAAAAAUUGAAAGAGAAACCCUACAAGUAGAGGAGGACCGGGCCAAAGCUGAGGCGUUGAACAAGAAGCUGAGGAAGCAAAUGGCAGAGUUCCAAACGCCGCCGGUGAUGCUGUAUAUCAGAGAGAGCAUGCUCAGUGAGGACCUGGAGAAGACCAUCAGGGUGUGGGAAAGGAAAGUGGAGAUUGCAGAGAUGUCCUUAAAAGGCUACCGCAAGGCUUGGAAUAAAAUGAAAACAACCAAUGAACAGUUGCUGGCAAUUCCCCCCCCUGGGAAAUAGGCAGAGGGAGUCCACGGCU